AUGGAUGAUGUGAAGAUGAACUCCAGGUCCCUAGAACCCGCCGGUGGCCCCUUCCUCAAGUCGCUCCACCUCAGCACGGAGCAGCUGUUGAGGUGGGUCGACGCUUCCGCCGGUGCUCCGCUAACCGCACGGUUGCAGGGAGAGGUCGAAGACGCCGAAGACGCCCAGAACCCCCAGGAGCGGCGUGGCGCGUGUUGCGGCGCCGCGCGCGACCGCGUGGCGCGCGAGGCCCUGGCUGGAGGUGUUCUGGAAGUUGUAGUGCAGAUGAGGCAGCGCCUCUUCAGGAGCGUCUCAUCCAGGCUGCGCUUUGCGCAGCGGCUUCUGCCGAGGAAAGACCCCUUGUUCACCGGCCGAAGGCAGCUGGCUGGCGCCAUGCGCCACUCCUCAACUGCCAAGGUUUGGAUCAACAAGGAUACCAAGGUCAUUUGCCAGGGCAUGACUGGGCGGCAGGGCACCUUCCACACCACCCAGGCGAUCCAGUAUGGCACCAGGAUGGUGGGUGGCGUCAACAAGAAGAAGGAGGAAAAGGAAAGAUGGGUAACAUCCGAAGUUCCGAAGAUCUGGAGGCCUUGGCAAAUGUUGGGUCGCGAGGCUACUUUUCUUAAAGAGGCAAAGAUGGAUGAUAAACAUGUACUUGCUUCCACCGCUGAGGCCGAGAUCCCCCUCAUCGUUUGCAUCACUGAGGGUAUUCCUCAGCAGGACAUGGUGAAAGUGAAGCAUGCCUUGAUGCGUCAAAACAAGUCCCGCCUGAUCGGCCCGAAUUGCCCUGGCAUCAUCAAGCCCGGGGAGUGCAAGAUGGGCAUCAUGCCUGGAUACAUCCACAAGGCUGGAAAGAUCGGCAUUGUCAGCAGGUCCGGCACCUUGACCUACGAGGCGGUGCACCAGACCACGGUCACCGGCAUGGGGCAGAGCACCUGCAUUGGAAUCGGCGGCGACCCCUUCAACGGCCGCGCGGCCAGGGAUUGGACCGGGACAAAAAGGGCUGUGAGGUGCCAAUGCUCGGCGGAGGUGCAACAAAAGGAGGAGGGAGUCCCCUUUGGCGACACGCGGACCCACACAUUCUUAAAGGGAAUAAGGUGA